GAGAGGGGUGGCGGAGCCGGGACCUCGCGUGAUUCUCGGAACCCGACGAGAAGCGGCGUCUGUGGCUAUGGCUGUAACUCUCGACAAAGACGCUUAUUAUCGACGAGUGAAGAGACUGUACAGCAAUUGGAGGAAAGGAGAAGAUGAGUAUGCCAAUGUUGAUGCCAUUGUUGUAUCAGUGGGUGUUGAUGAAGAAAUUGUUUAUGCCAAAUCAACUGCCUUACAGACAUGGCUCUUUGGUUAUGAACUAACUGAUACUAUCAUGGUAUUCUGUGAUGACAAAAUCAUCUUUAUGGCCAGCAAGAAAAAAGUGGAGUUCUUGAAACAGAUUGCCAACACUAAGGGCAAUGAGAAUGCUAAAGGAGCCCCUGCCAUCACACUACUCGUACGAGAAAAGAAUGAAAGUAACAAGGGCAGCUUUGACAAAAUGAUUGAAGCCAUUAAAGAAAGCAAGAAUGGCAAGAAGAUCGGAGUGUUCAGCAAAGACAAAUUUCCAGGAGAGUUCAUGAAGAGCUGGAAUGACUGCCUCAACAAAGAGGGCUUUGACAAAAUAGACAUCAGUGCAGUUGUGGCCUAUACCAUUGCUGUAAAGGAGGAUGGAGAGCUCAAUCUAAUGAAAAAAGCAGCUAGCAUCACCUCUGAGGUCUUCAACAAAUUCUUCAAGGAAAGAGUCAUGGAAAUAGUUGAUGCAGAUGAGAAAGUUCGACACAGCAAACUGGCUGAGUCUGUGGAAAAGGCCAUAGAAGAGAAAAAAUACCUAGCUGGGGCAGACCCUUCUACUGUGGAAAUGUGUUACCCUCCUAUCAUUCAGAGUGGUGGCAACUAUAACCUCAAGUUCAGUGUAGUGAGUGACAAGAAUCAUAUGCAUUUUGGGGCCAUUACCUGUGCCAUGGGUAUUCGCUUCAAAUCUUACUGCUCAAACCUUGUUUGCACUUUGAUGGUUGAUCCUUCGCAGGAGGUUCAAGAAAAUUACAACUUUUUGCUUCAGCUGCAAGAGGAGCUGCUAAAGGAACUAAGACAUGGUGUGAAGAUAUGUGAUGUAUAUAAUGCUGUCAUGGAUGUGGUUAAAAAGCAGAAGCCAGAGCUGCUGAACAAAAUUACCAAAAACCUAGGGUUUGGAAUGGGCAUUGAAUUCCGUGAAGGUUCUUUAGUAAUUAAUAGUAAAAAUCAGUACAAACUAAAGAAAGGGAUGGUUUUCAGCAUCAAUUUGGGAUUCUCAGAUUUGACUAACAAGGAAGGGAAGAAACCAGAAGAGAAAACCUAUGCCCUGUUCAUUGGAGACACAGUGCUUGUGGAUGAGGAUGGCCCAGCUACCGUUCUCACUUCUGUGAAGAAGAAAGUGAAGAACGUAGGGAUUUUUCUAAAGAAUGAGGAUGAGGAAGAAGAGGAAGAGGAGAAAGAUGAAGCUGAGGACCUGUUGGGAAGAGGUUCCAGAGCAGCUUUACUUACGGAAAGAACACGAAAUGAGAUGACUGCAGAAGAGAAGCGAAGAGCCCAUCAAAAAGAACUGGCAGCUCAACUCAAUGAGGAAGCAAAGAGGCGAUUAACUGAACAAAAAGGGGAACAGCAGAUUCAGAAAGCUCGUAAAUCUAAUGUGUCCUAUAAAAACCCAUCUUUGAUGCCUAAGGAACCACACAUUCGGGAAAUGAAGAUCUAUAUUGAUAAAAAAUACGAGACUGUAAUAAUGCCUGUGUUUGGCAUUGCGACACCUUUUCACAUUGCCACAAUCAAGAAUAUAAGUAUGUCUGUGGAAGGAGAUUAUACUUACUUGCAAAUCAACUUCUAUUGCCCAGGCAGUGCUCUGGGCAGGAAUGAGGGCAACAUCUUUCCCAACCCAGAAGCCACUUUUGUCAAGGAAAUUACAUACCGAGCUUCAAAUAUGAAGGCACCUGGAGAACAGACAGUUCCAGCCUUGAACCUUCAGAAUGCUUUCCGAAUUAUAAAAGAAGUGCAGAAGCGUUAUAAGACUCGAGAAGCUGAAGAGAAAGAGAAGGAGGGCAUUGUGAAACAAGAUUCACUGGUGAUCAAUCUAAACCGGAGUAAUCCCAAACUGAAAGAUCUGUACAUUCACCCAAACAUUGCCCAAAAGAGGAUGCAAGGCUCACUGGAGGCCCAUGUCAAUGGUUUUCGCUUCACGUCUGUCCGAGGAGACAAAGUGGAUAUUUUGUACAAUAACAUUAAGCAUGCUUUGUUCCAGCCAUGUGAUGGGGAAAUGAUUAUUGUCUUGCACUUUCACCUCAAGAAUACCAUCAUGUUUGGGAAGAAGCGGCACACAGAUGUGCAGUUCUACACAGAAGUCGGGGAGAUCACCACAGACUUGGGGAAACAUCAGCAUAUGCAUGACCGAGAUGACCUCUAUGCUGAGCAGAUGGAAAGAGAAAUGAGGCACAAACUGAAAACAGCCUUUAAAAAUUUCAUUGAAAAAGUAGAGGCUCUAACAAAGGAGGAACUGGAAUUUGAAGUGCCUUUUAGGGACUUGGGAUUUAAUGGUGCUCCCUAUAGGAGUACCUGCCUCCUUCAGCCUACUAGUAGUGCGCUGGUAAAUGCUACAGAAUGGCCACCUUUUGUGGUGACGUUGGAUGAAGUGGAGCUGAUUCACUUUGAGUGAGUCCAGUUUCACCUGAAGAACUUUGACAUGGUGAUCGUCUACAAGGACUACAGCAAGAAAGUGACAAUGAUCAAUGCGAUUCCUGUUGCCUCUCUUGACCCCAUCAAGGAAUGGUUAAAUUCCUGUGACCUAAAAUACACAGAAGGAGUACAGUCCCUCAACUGGACUAAAAUUAUGAAGACCAUUGUUGAUGACCCUGAGGGCUUCUUUGAACAAGGUGGCUGGUCUUUCCUGGAACCUGAGGGUGAGGGGAGUGAUGCUGAGGAAGGGGAUUCCGAGUCUGAAAUCGAAGAUGAGACUUUUAAUCCUUCAGAGGAAGACUAUGAAGAAGAGGAGGAGGACAGUGAUGAAGAUUAUUCAUCAGAAGCUGAAGAAUCAGAUUAUUCCAAGGAAUCAUUGGGCAGUGAAGAAGAGAGUGGAAAGGAUUGGGACGAACUGGAGGAAGAAGCCCGAAAAGCCGACCGUGAAAGCCGCUAUGAGGAAGAAGAAGAACAGAGUCGAAGUAUGAGCCGGAAGAGGAAGGCAUCUGUGCACAGUUCAGGCCGAGGCUCUAACCGAGGUUCCAGACACAGCUCUGCGCCUCCCAAGAAAAAGAGGAAGUAAUUUCAGAACUUUGGCCCUCAGCUCCAUUCUUCCUACAGCCAAUCCCUGAAAAUUUUACAUGACAUAGAAACUGUAUUUUUCCUUUUUUUUUUUUUCUUUUGAAGUUUUGCCAUUUGUGUAUGGGUUUAGGGGGCCAUUUGUGUGGACCAAGCUACUCGGGGAAUUCCAGGCCCACCAGGACACGUGCCAAUGGCCCCAUCCAGAUGGCAAGGGAGGAGGUGUUCUUGAAGAUGGGCAGAGGCUUCCGCUGUUAAUAAAUACCGUUUCAUUCC